AUGAUCUUAAAAUGUGAUGUUAGAUCUUCUUACAGAACCACAUCCCCUAAUCAUAAGCCUUGGAUUGCUCUUGGUUCACUUGGUAAUGUAGUGACUGCUCACUGUAAUUGUAUGGCCGGCCUUGGUGAAACAUGCUCACAUGUAGCUGCAACAUUAUAUAAAGUUGAAGCUGCUGUUCGCAUUGGAAUGACAUCAUCCACACCAACUGAUUUACCAUGUCAAUGGAAUCAAACAUUUGUAAAAAAUAUUGUUGGUUCCCCAGUUUCUCAAAUAAAUUUAUAUUCUGAUGCUGCUAAAGAGAAACUUACAGGAAAAAGAACUAGGAAAAUGCCUGUUUCUCCAACAAAUAUUGAAAAAUAUCAUCCUCCAAUAGUGUGGGGAAGAGAAAAUGAGGAAAAUGCAUUGACUUUAUAUAGACAACUUUAUUCAGACUGUAAUGAAGCUCAUAACUUAUUGGCACUUUCAGACAUUGUCAUCCAUCAAAAUUUAAAAGUUGAAAAAUUAGGGCUUUGCAUCGACUAUGAAAAACUAUGGUAUGCAGCAUCCCCUGAUGCUUCUGUGUAUUGCACUUGUUGUGGAUAUGGAGUUUUAGAAAUCAAAUGCCCUUUUAGUUCAGCUUGA